CAGACCCUAUUUUGGUAAUUCACAACCAGUCAUGAUAAUUUAUUUUCAUUAACGUUGCUUCGAAAUUGACUUGAGCUUCGGGCUCCAUCAUUCGUUAUUCCCCAUUAUUCCUUCAGUUCUGCGUUUCAGUUUGAACACUUGCACAGUGCCCAUUUUCUCUGUAUAUAUAUUGUGAGGGAAAUUUAAAUACCAAAAGAUGACCUUGAGCUUUUCUGACUCGAACCUUUUCUCUCGCUUUUCUGUUUCACCACCAAACCGUACUGUAGAGAGACUGUGGUGAGCAGGGAAGAAUCUAUCUCUGCCAUGGUGGAUCGUGAUCAAGAGAAAACUACAACUGAUACUGUUGAAGCGUCUCUGAAAAGAAAACAGCUUCUUUCUACCGCCAUGAAGAGAACAAGUGACUGGAUUUUCUCCCAGGAGAUUCCUAGUGAUGUUACCAUUGAAGUUGGAACGGCUUCUUUUCAAUUGCAUAAGUUUCCAUUAGUGUCAAAGUGUGGAUACAUUAGGAAACUGGUAUCAGAAUCUAGUGAAGCUGAUGUUUCCCUCGUCGAACUCCAUGACGUUCCUGGUGGAUCAGAAGCAUUUGAGCUGGCAGCUAAAUUCUGCUAUGGGAUAAACUUUGAAAUAAGCAUAGAUAAUAUUGCGAUGCUUCGCUGCGUAGCAGAGUAUCUGGAGAUGACGGAGGAUUAUUCAGUUGGAAACUUAGUGGCAAGAACAGAUGCUUAUUUGAAUGAAGUGGCCCUUAAGAGCCUUGCAGGAGCUGUAUCUAUCUUACACUUGUCAGAGAGCCUCCUUCCUAUAGCAGAGAAAGCGAAGUUGGUAAGCAGAUGUAUAGAUGCCAUAGCAUAUAUAGCCUGCAAGGAAAGCCAGUUUUGUGCUACAAGAGCUGAUGGUGGAACUGAGGGAGUAGUUUCUUCCCUCGGGUCUCACCAGAGGCCCAUAGUUGACUGGUGGGCUGAGGAUCUUACAGUACUCAGAAUUGAUAUUUUCCAAAGAGUUCUGAUCGCCAUGAUGGCAAGAGGGUUUAAGCAGUAUGCUAUUGGUCCUAUUUUAAUGCUCUAUGCUCAGAAGUCCCUACGAGGUUUGGAAAUAUUUGGGAAGGGAAGGAAGAAGAUUGAGCCAAGACAAGAGCACGAGAAGAGAGUUGUUUUGGAGACAAUAGUGAGUCUUUUGCCAAAGGAGAAGAAUGCAAUGUCAGUGAGCUUUCUUUCUAUGCUGCUCAGAGCAGCAAUAUAUCUUGAAACGACUGUUGCUUGCAGGCUUGACUUGGAGAAGAGGAUGUCUGUGCAGUUAGGACAAGCUGUUUUAGAUGAUCUUCUUAUCCCUUCUUAUUCAUUUACCGGGGACACGUUGUUCGAUGUGGAUACUGUGCAGAGAAUCAUGAUGAAUUACCUUGAAUCCGAGACGAUGAGCCACUCCGUCUUCAGUGCAGAUAAUGAGUAUUUUUCUCCUCCGCAGACUGAUAUGGAACGGGUUGGGAAAUUAAUGGAAAACUAUCUCGCAGAAAUAGCCACUGACCGUAAUCUACCUGUUCCAAAGUUCAUCACUCUUGCAGAACUAAUCCCUGAAAAAUCAAGGCCAACAGAAGAUGGCAUGUAUAGAGCCAUAGACAUCUAUCUAAAGGCUCAUCCUGACCUAAGUGACAUGGAAAAGAAGAAAGUUUGCAGUGUGAUGGACUGUCAAAAGUUAUCAAGAGAGGCAUGUGCUCAUGCUGCACAAAAUGAUCGGCUUCCUGUCCAAACUGUAGUUCAAGUGCUCUACUAUGAACAGCAACGUCUUCGCGACGCCAUGAAUGGCGGUGAAGGUGAGGAAUCAGCUCCUUCAGUACCCUCCAAGCUGAAUGUGUACUCAGCCGAUCUCCACCCAGUUUCGAAUGAGCUAUCCAGCUUAAGAAGAGAGAACGAGGACCUAAAAUUAGAGCUAGUGAAGCUCAAAAUGAGACUAAAAGAGAUUGAGAAGUCUGCAACAAUGAAAUCAUCAGCAGCUAGCAGUCCUGUGAUCGGUGCUUCACCUUCUUCUGCUGAUAAGCCUCCUUUGCCUCGGAAAUCAUUCAUAAAUUCAGUGUCCAAAAAGCUGGGAAGGCUUUCUCCUUUUCUACGUUCUGAUGGUGUCACACCCUCGGCUAAAGGUCGUACAAAACCAAAUAAAAAUCGACGCCACUCAAUAUCUUAAUAUCUUCACUGGCUUUACUCUGUUCCUCUGUUCUUUCCUGGUUUCAUUUUAUUGUUGUGAUGGUUGUGUAUAUUAUCUUAUCAUGAACGUUUUAUCAAGACCCACAUUGUUUUUGGGGAGAAAAAAAAGAUAGUGUAAAAUAUAGUAGUUUUUGGGUGAUUAUAGUGAUGGUCCGUGACAAGAUUGUGUUAAUAAAGCGACACUAGACGCUGCAAAAUAUUGAGAGUAGCAUAUUGGAUUACAGAA